GACGAUACUGAUCGCCUGAGGUGAAAAAGUUUUCGUUUGAGCGUCGUUUCAGCAAGGUUCAAACAUACCAUUCAACACGCAAUUCAAACUAUUUCAUCUCAAGUGCUUGACUCAAUAACAACAACUGAGCUCAACAUAACGAGAUCCUAAUAAAUCCUCACGAGAGAAGCCAACAAAAGAAUGGCCGUCAGUGAAAGUACUUGUGUCAGUACCAUCAUGUUUAUGUUGUCAAUCUUGCUCACCAUCGGUCAGAUUAUCACAGCUGUCGUCUUAAUCAUCCUAGUCAAAGCUUUCUGGAACCUCAGAAGAAGAGUCCUGGACUAUGAAAAGAAUCUACCCUUGGUAAGAUUAGAAACGCCACAACGCAUUAAUACAACUACAGCAACAAAACCAUUAAAGCGAGCAAGUACAACAGCUAGCAGUAAGCGUCUCGAAGAUGGUGAAGAAGCUACUGUGGUGCCGACGCCUAAUCCUGGAAAUAGAAGAUCGGUAUGUGAGCAGCAAGUGCCCCAUGCAGACGACUGCACAAUGACCGUGCCACGGACUCAGAGUACAAGUGCUCAGAAACUACUAGAACUUAUUCAUAAUGUUUCCUUCGAGUCUUUCAGUAGCCCACGUGACUCGGGCACAGGCUCCGCCAGCACCACAAGUCCCAAUAGCUCAAUUUCCUAUGAAUUGCAGAGAUCGAUGAAGGAAUCGUUCAGCAAACGAGAGGGCAGUUCUACAUUACCAAAAACGAAGUCAUGGGGGUCUCAGGGAAGCAAGUCAUGUGACGCUCCAUUUGAAUCAGGCAGGUCUUUAAGCACUGCAUCUUGUGGUCCUUCAAGACCAACACGUUACGGAUCUCAUUUUGUCAAGUUCCUUAGCAAGAAGCCAAUAAAUGAGAAUGAUUUUCGCCCCUCUCGACUGAAAACGAUUUCCAUAGAGAUGAUAGGUCAGGAUGACGAUGAUUGCCCUAACGAAACCAAAUCAAAAAGAGCAAGUCGAAUUCUGAGGGAAAUGGAAGAAGAUGCAAGCGAAGAGCCUGCAGCGAUCGAAGAGGUUGGUUUUUGUAAUGAAGGUUACCAUGCUUCAAGCAAUCGGAGCUCCCCCGAGGUAUCAAAAAAUGCGCCGCUGGCUAGUGAAGAAUCGGUCAGCAGUUCGAACUCGGAAUCUGUCAAUGAGAUCAAUAAUAACGACUUUGAAAAACUGGAUAGUGAGGAUGAAUACGAGAAUCAAGAAGUCGUUGAUGCGAUGAGAUAUAAUAGUGUAGGGUCAAAGAAAGGUUGCAGCAGUAAACAAAAUGAACCUGUAUGUGUCAAGAGCAGCACACAACCUUGAAAAAUGGAGAGAUGAUGGCACACUAUGGGCAGCAUAACCUGCAAAAACAGGGUAGUUUUAAUUGCUAAGACGACUCGUUUAGGAAGACACUGGGCGACAGUGUAACGGUGUAACGAGAAAACUUUCCCAUUUCUUCAGACAACAGUGCCAUGAUUAGAUAAAGAUAUAAUUUCUUCCUCGUACUAGCAGCAAUCAGAGGACAGCGAAGGAAAUACAGUGUUAACGUUGUAACGAGAAACAUUUUCUCAUUUCUCUCAUUUCUUCAGACAACAAUGCCAUGAUUAGAUAAAGAUAUAAUUUCUUCCUCGUACUAGUAGCCAUGAUGGAAGACAGCGAAGGAAAUACAGCCUCAAUAUUUAUACUUGGGGCAACAUAACUAUGUAUAUAAACAGUUUAAAAUAGUCAAUAAGUUGAAUGAAGACUUCAGUAAUAACUAUAACCAAGUUAAAACAAUGUUCUCACGGUAGGAGCCAUGCUGGAGGACAAGGCUAGAAAUUAUGAAUAAAUUUUUUUAUAUAUGAGCAAUUAUGACUAUGCAUAUAAUUAAUUAUGAUGAAAAGGGUUGCCAUGCUGGAGGACAACGUCCAAAGUUAAACCUAUGCUUAUCAUGUUAGAGAAAUUCAUAGAAUGUUCUAAUGCAUUCCAGCAGCAAUGCUGGAGGACAGCACUUGGAAAACUUUUUUUUUGAAGAUAUAUUUUUAAUUAUUUUCAUAAAGACUUUAGUCAGUACAAGGUAUAAGUAUAAGAAUUUAGUAAGCUUAAAGUAUAAUUCAUUAAAAGCCUUACCUACAAACUAUUCAUAGUUGGACACUAGUAAAUUUACAUGACAAGAAAAUGCACGCCUUACCUUGAGGGAACAGUUGUCCCAUGUCAGACCACGUGUCAUUCCCUUGCAUAUUAUUUCUUUGUUUGACGUUUGCGCAUGAGAAGACACAUGAAUAUAAAUGCAACUCAAACAAAGAAUCUUAUUUUCAAGAGAAGAACCUUUGGUCUGCAAUGAGAAAACAUUAGGCCCAAGGUAAAGAGGUCUGUUAAACAUGCCAUAAUAUUUAAAAAUACGUAUAAGAAUAUAUAGCUGGAGCAUUUCAAGAUCCAGUUGAUAUGUACAUGGUACUUUGACACUUUUUUUGUGGAUAAAUAUUUUAUUCAUUCAUCCAUCA